AUCGAUUUGUACUGACAGUUACUGUGUCUCAUUUUUCUGUUGUGAAUUUUCUGCUUUUGCAACUGAUUUCACGUUUUUGAUUUAGAAAAUUUGUUCUGAGGAUGGACGAGUCAACAAAGAAUCUCGACAUAUUGAAACGAGUGAGUGGCGUUGAGGUGGGUCGCCUUUGGCUUCUACACGAUGAAUCUUUUAAAGAUUUUUUUGGUUGGUUUGGACAAUCCGUCGACGAGGAUAAUUUAAUAACGGACAUCCUUCUAAGAGAGUAUACAGAGCUGGAGAGAACCGGCUGUGUUUUGACUGAUGAAGAAGUACUAGCGGAACUCGAAAUCCUCGAACAAGACUAUCCAAACAUUUUGGAAUAUAAAGAAACUGAUGUCGAUGAUUACGAGGAACAGUUGGACCAGCUGGUAGCCAUUGAAGAGCAGUACGAGAAGCUUUUAGCUGAUGCGAAGAAAAGCGAAAACUGUUUGACCAGGGAACUCUCCGAGCUUGAAAUGAAAUUAAUCGAUGUCGAGUUUAAUUACGGACGGGUUGCAGCUGAAUGUUUGGAAAAAGCUACUUUUCUGGAAGAAAUUCAGGCUGACACUCAGCAAAAGAUUUUUGAAAUGCACCAGUGCUAUGUUCAAAGCCAAAACCCACCCCUUUUCAUUUAUCAGAUGCCGAUUGAACAGUUCAAUAUGAAAUGUGACCAAUUUCUUAAGUACUUGGAAAUGUAUAUUAGGAAGCACUUUGCGGUUCGAAAAGUGGACGACUUUGAUCACGAUUCAGAUCAGGAUCAUCGGGAUGUGAUUGUAAAACUGGAAAGCAUUAAAAACCGUCUGGAUGUUGGUGAAAUGAAGCUGUUUGAAGUUAAGAUAGAAUACCACGGAUUGAAGAAAAUGAUGGAACGUAUACACGAUCUCUGCUGGCAGCCGAUGAAAAUUCCUGCUAUGAGAAAACUGUGCGCUGAGCUGGCCAGUGCCAAUGAGCAAGACCGAUUAUGCAUUGACGUGCUAAAGCAAGAGCUUGAAAUGUACAUGCGACAACUGAACGAGCAACGAAUCGAGUGCAUUCUUUAUGAAAACAGCAAACUAAAAAUGGAUCGAGCCGUUAGCCGACUGGAAUACAUUAAAAAGCUGGCAGCGAUAAUUUCAAACACCCUUAUGAAUGCAGAAAUGGUUUGGAUUUUCAUGCAACUAGAUUUAGAGAAAAUCAAAAACAAAUUCGAUAACAGCGAUGAACUGAACACGGAAUCGCAGCGAUGCUUGAAACGAAUAGAAACCUUGAAGGCCGUCGAUCGUAACACUGCACAAGAAGAUGCGUACGAUGAAUUCGUGACGCAAUUUUCAGCGCUUCUAGGGUCGCUUAAUUUGAAUCACUCAUCUGAAGAUCGAUCAAUUAGUUUGAAAAAUUGCAUUCAAGACUUUGCAGACUACAAAAAGAGGGUUUUCAAAAAUUUGCGCUCUGUCGUUAAUGGGAAGUACUACAAAGGCAUGGAGGAAACUAUGACUGAACUAAAUCAAAACGAAAAUCUGUUGAGAAAGUAUGUUUACGAUGGUCCGGUUAAUGGACCGCAGUUUUUCGAUCAACAGUAUCAGGAGAGAAUACAGCGACUGAAUUUUGAGGUCAACCAAAUUGAAAAGGAGCUGAAGGCUUUAAAGGCUGACUAUCAGCAGAACAUAAACGAACCGAAGACCAACGACAAAUUCUGGCGCUACAAGCAAUAUUUGUGGGUGUGGUUUCUGACCGAACCGAAGAAGGUGUCAUUUGCCAUCAAAGAAGUCACGGCCGCCGCAUCCCAGAUGGCGGCCUACAAAAGCAUAUCCGGUAUCAAAUGUAAGUCCAUGGCUGACGAGAUGAAGUACUGAACCAGUGUGUGGCUUAUUCGUGUAUGUAAUACAAAU